AUGGCACGACUCGCUUCGGCCGCCCGCUGGUUCUCGUGCGCAUUGCUCGUCUCGACGGCGGCGGCUGCGUCCGACGUGCACCAUACGAUCGAACUGAGGUCGCGCAAGACGUCGAAGCUGACGAAGCGGCAAAGCACGAACAGGACGGACCCGUUAGGUGAUGAUUUCGAUGGCACGGACUUGCAAUGGUUCGGGAAUAUCUCCGUUGGAACGCCUCCACAGACGUUUAAUGUUGUCUUCGAUACCGGAAGUGGCGGCCUCGAGAUCCCGAGCACGGCGUGCGGUUCCCCAUGCGCAAAACAACGCCAGUUCAACCCGGCAGCAUCGUCCACGUUCGUCGACCUCGGUACAACUUCCGUAGCGCCGUUUGCGACAUGCAUCGGCGUUACGCCGGUUAUCAACAACAACUGCGUGUUGACUCUUCAUGGAGGAGAGGAUACCGUCUCUGUCGUAGGGCUGAGCGUUCAGCGCGUGCAGAUGGGGUUGAUCACGGACCAAACAGCAUCGUUUGCUGAUGACCCCUUCGAUGGAAUCCUGGGCAUGUCCGCGAGGGGAAACAGCUUCGUUACCCAGCUGCCCACAGGCUCUCAGUUCUUCACCCUCUUCUUGACGCCCGCCGCCGAGGGCCACGCCGCGCUCACCUUCGGCAGCGUGGACACGACUAAGUUCACCGGUUCGCUCACUUUCGCCUCCCUCCCGACACCCGCGAGUGGCACCUGGCGCCUUGCGUCCCCGGGCAUGUUUGUCAACGGAAAGUCGACGUCGCAGCUCAAGAAGGCGCGCACGAUCAUCUUCGACAGUGGCACGCCAAACAUCCUCUUCGACAACGCGACCGCGACCGCGAUCCACUCCCUGAUCUCUCCGAAUAUCAAGCCAUUCGCAGCGCUCCCGGGCACGUUCGGAAUCCCGUGUUCGGAGGUGGGAAAGCUGCCGGCGAGCAUCGACAUCGCGUUCACGGCUCAGAGCGGGAAGGCGUUCAACUUGACGAUACCAAGCAGCGAGCUUUCGGUGGGCCCGUUCGAGCAGGACCCGACGAUAUGCCAGACCUUGAUCAAUGUGUCCGAGGGCCUGACACUCGUGGGCGGCAGUUUGCUGAAACAUUGGUUCUCCGUCUGGGAUGUUGGGAAUCAGCGAAUGGGAUUCGCUCCAGCCGUCACGUCUGUCUGA